GACCUCUUCCUACCUCUGCUUCCUCGCUGUGCGCUCGGGGUCCUGCACGCUCCCUUCCCGAGGGGAGCACACACGUGGGGGUACUCGGCGGGGACAGGGACAGUUCACACAGGUGUCGCUCCUGACCUGAGAGGCAUCUUCAGGGACGCAGCAGGCAAAACCCUUUACACACCCGGGUCGCCUGUACACAUGGGUGCCCCCCUCGCGGGCUGCUUCUCAGACCCAGGGAGAAGAAACAUGCCCUGCGACACUUCUGGACACCUGUGUCCGUACGCGGGUGUGGCAUCUGCAGAGACCCUCAGCUGAACACGUGGGCACCCGGGCACACCGGCCCCGCUAACGCAAACGCCAGGGGCUUCUGCAGUAAGAGAAGCUUGAAGCUGAUGGACGUUGUAUGGGCCAGAGGCAGGGAUGGUUGGCUAUGACCCCAAAGCUGAUGGCAGGAAUAUCUCCAGUUUCGAGGUGGCAGUGGCUGGGUCUGUAUCUGGACUUGUCACUCGAGUACAGAUCAGUCCCUUGGAUGUCAUCAAGAUCCGUUUCCAGCUUCAGAUUGAGCACCUGUCUCGUAAUGACCCCAGUGCAAAAUACCAUGGGAUCCUACAGGCUGGGAGACAGAUUUUGCAGGAGGAGGGCCCGACAGCAUUCUGGAAAGGACACAUCCCAGCCCAGCUUCUCUCCAUAGGCUAUGGAGCUGUCCAGUUUUUGUCGUUUGAGCUGCUGACUGAGCUGGUGCACAGAACCACUGUGUACGAUGCCCGUGACUUCAAGGUGCACUUCGUGUGUGGCGGCCUGUCUGCCUGUGCGGCCACCCUUACCGUGCAUCCUGUGGAUGUCCUGCGUACCCGCUUUGCAGCUCAGGGUGAGCCCAAGGUCUACAAAACCCUGCGCGAAGCUGUGGUGACCAUGUACAGGACUGAAGGGCCCCUGGUCUUCUACAAAGGCUUGAACCCCACCAUGAUUGCCAUCUUCCCCUAUGCUGGGUUCCAGUUCUCGUUUUACAACUCCCUGAAGCACAUGUAUGAGUGGGUCGUGCCAGCUGAAGGAAAGAAAAAGGAAAACCUCAAAAACCUUCUGUGUGGCGGUGGAGCUGGAGUCAUCAGCAAGACCCUCACAUACCCGCUAGACCUCUUCAAGAAACGGCUGCAGGUUGCAGGGUUUGAGCAGGCUCGAGCCCCUUUCGGCCAGGUUCGAAACUACAGGGGCCUCCAGGAUUGUGCCAAGCAAGUGUUUGAAGAGGAAGGCCUGAAGGGCUUCUUCAAGGGCCUGUCCCCCAGCCUGCUGAAGGCUGCCCUCUCCACUGGCUUGGUGUUCUUCUGGUAUGAGCUCUUCUGCAACAUCUUUCACCACAUGAGGAAGGCAGACAGCUAGCCUUCAGGGCAGGAAGGCCUGAGGCCUUCCCUGGAGGUGACCUGAGUGAAGUAAGACUUGAUCUGUAAACUUGCAUUGCACUGGGAGCUGUCAUCUGCUUGGUCUUUCAUGCCCAGCUGCGGCAGCCUUGCCUCACUGGAGGCAAGGGCUUCUCCGCACGGCAGGAUGGGGGGAUGCAGGACUCGGUCUGUGGGGACCCAACUGCAGCAGUCAGGCGGAGCUUGAAGUUGUUCUUCCUCCUCUGCCUCGCCACACCCUGAGGGCCACAGCUGUCACUCCACGCUGCUUAGCCAUCUGCCCGGAGAACUCUCCCAGCUCUGGGGGGGUCACAGUUUGAGGACAGCAAAUGGGCCCUUUGCAAGGGUCUGGUCCCUACUUUAUUCCCAUCAACUUAUUUAAUGGAUAUUAAAGCUAAAAGCACAUUCUUUAUCUUA